GCGCGGCCACCGCACGGCCUCAUAAAUAGCGCCGCUGCCGCCCUCGGCCAAGGUGACUCAUUCCACCAUCAUCGCGGAUCACAUCGCAGUCCUUCGCUGCAAACCAAACCAAGCCAAGCUCAUCGCCGUCGACCCCAUCUGAACUCGUCGACCCGCCCGAUCGCCAUCACCCAAAGACACCCGCGAUCACAGAGCCCUCCUUCGUUUAUUGACUUCCAGUCUCCCGCAUCGCCCCCGCACCCUUUGCUCCCAGCAACCACUACCGCUUCCCACACUCCAUGUGCUACAUCAAGAACGUCAAGCCUCUGGCUCCUGCCGACUCGCUCCUCCAGGUGCAGCCCAAGCUACCGCUCUCGCCUCCCGAGGGCCCCCAGAAGACUUUUGGCGCCGACUUUGCCAACUACGACUUCCUCGCGGGCCUGCCAAUCUCCGCAUCGGAAUGUGCCCCGCUUAUCGACCUGCCUCCCAUGACCGCCGAGUCCCUCAGCGCCGACUCGGACUUUUGGCUCAGUCUCCUCAGCAGCUCGCAGCUGCCCUCGUCGCCAUCGUCGAGCGAGUUUGCCUCGCCCUCCUUUGGCUCGCCGCUCUGCCUCACCCCCGAGCUCGUUUCCCAGUCCAUGUUCACCCCCGCCUCAGGCCCGAUGCCCGAGUUUGUCCACCCCCCGAUGCAAGCCAUGAUCCUCCCCGCCAUGUCUUGGCCAUCGCCCGAGACGCCCUCGACCCAGACCAUCAUCUCCGUGCCCACCCCCGUCCACUGCACCCAGGAGUCGCAGCCUGCCAACUCGACCUCGGCCUCGACCGGCUCCAGCGCCAACAACUCCAACAGCAACCUCACCUCGCCGCCCAACAGCAACUCGUCCCUGUCCUCGCACAACGACCAGGUCCCCAGCCAGAAGCCCAAUUCGCGUAAGCGCCAGUCCGACGAUGAUGACGACGACGAUCACGACGACGACACCGUCCGCCGCCGCAAGAACACCGAGGCUGCUCGUCGCUCGCGCCAGCGAAAGGUCGCCAAGCUCGAGAGCCUCGAGAAGCAGUCCAAGGACCUUGAGCGCGAGAACGCCCAGCUGUCCAUCCGCCUUGCCGUGCUGGAGUCUGAGAAGGUUGGAUGGAUCGCCAAGGAAGCCGAGCUGAUGGCCCGCAUUCGUCAGCUCGAGGAGCAGCUGGCCGAGAGCCACAAGGCCUUGCUGGAGUUUGGCAUGAAGUCCGCCUCGGGCAUGCUGUAAACCAACCAACCCCCCUCCCGCUUACAGCUGGCCUGUUUACGGACGUUCUGUUCUGCUCCUCUAUGCGGCGCGCUCCGACUGCCCACCCAACGCAUCCGUUCACGCUCCACUUGCUCCAUACCUUUUUCUCUCUGGCCCUUGGGACCAAUUCAACUUUCGUCACGCCCUGGCUGGCGCAUACAUUCUCGACACUGGCUCGAUCUGUCGCUUGCAUACUUUCAUUGUCACUUGCAUGAUAUCCGCGUCGCUCUACCUGUGUAAAUACAGUAAUCAUGACUUGAA